AUGCGCACCCUACCACGCUCGCAGCUUCCGAGAAGCUGCGGCGCGACGCAAGAGAGAUCGCACCAUGUCCGCACGGUCUCCGCGCCACGACCUCUCGCUCGCCCCCCAACGAACGCGCGAACCUCCUCCACCUCGUGCACCCGCCUCUGGCACCCCCCUCUCCUCCUCCUCCCUUCUCUCCGCCCGACCGUCGUCGCCCCGGCAGGGCGGUCAACAAGCGCCCCGCCAAUCCGCCCUGCCUCCUCUCCGCGCCCCGCCGACACCCCUCCCCCUCCCAUCAAUGCUCCGCACUCCACCGCGGCAACAGAUACCACCAACACCGCCCCUCUCCCUCUCCCCGCCCCUCCUCCCACCUCCCAACCCGAAGAAGAGAAGCCCCGCAUUGCGGUCGCCACCCAUCCCGUCACCAUAAAGGAGGAGCCUUUACAUGCGAACGAAGUUGGCGGAGCCGCCAAGGACGGGCAAGAACCUGUUUUGGCUAGGGCCAUCCUCGACGUGUUUGAGGAGUGCCUGAAAGAGCUCCGGCCGAGCGGGGAUUCGGGGCCGAGCGCCGACGAGAGCGACCUGCUGAGGAGGUGGAAGGUGCAGCGGCUCGCUGAGAUGGAUGCGAUGGCCCGACGUAUGAGAUUGGUUCUCGAGGAUUCUGCGGGGCGUUGAGAUCGAACCGGCUGGUGGGUGAUUGCUUUAACCUGUAAAGAUAAAUGGAUUUGAUGAUGCUUUUAUAGUUUCUAAUUUGACUUUCUCGGUCUGUGCCUUCUCGAUCUUAUCUUUGUUCGUCUAUAUCUGGCGAUUGGCGUCUAUCCUGUUAUCUCAGUGCUGCAUCAUGAGCUAAUGGCUAUCUAUCGAUUAUCUUAGUUACAGUGUACUGCGCUGAUCCUUAAGGGGUUGCUUUCA